AUGGGAUUCGUGCUAAUUGUCUUCUCGUUGGUGCUCACGUGGCUGUUCGGCUACCUGAGGCAUUGCUACACCUACUGGGAGCAGCGUGGAGUGCCACAGGUGCGCACCCACUUCUUCUUUGGCAACUUCUUCAAGCUAAAGUCCAUACACCACAGCGAGCUACUGCAGGAGACCUACGAUGCCUUCAAGGGCAAAUCCAAGGUGGCCGGCACGUAUGUCUACACACGUCCGCUUGCAGUGGUCACGGAUCUGGAUCUGGCGAAGACCAUACUCAUCAAGGACUUCAACAAGUUCGUGGACCGCAUGGAUGCGCCAUUCAACUUGGAAAAGAAUCCGCUGGCAGGUCAUCUAUUCAAUCUGCACGGCGAGCAGUGGCGAGCGCUGCGAACGAAGCUCUCGCCCACCUUUACGAGCGGAAAGAUCAAGUACAUGUUCAGCACGAUCACGAGCGUCGCCCAGCAGCUGGACGAGACCUGCCGGCAGGAGGUGGCCGAGAGCGCGAGCAGGGGCCACAUCUUGGAGCUGCACGAUCUGCUGGGUCGCUACACAGUCGAUGUCAUUGGCAACUGCGCCUUCGGCAUCGAGUGCAACAGCCUCAAGAAUCCGAAGGCCGAGUUCAGGGAGGUGGCACGCCAACUCUUCACUGGCCACAAUCGCAAUGUGCGCUGGAGUCUCUUCAAGCGGACCUAUGCGAGAUUUCUGGAAAAAAUGCCGAUCAGACCUCGACAUCCGCACGAGGACUUCGUCAGCUUCUUUCUGCGUCUGGUGCGCGACACAGUCGAGGUGCGAGAGCGUGAGCAUAUCAAGCGAAACGACUUCAUGGAUCUGCUACUCGGUCUGCGCAAGACGGACGAGAAGAACGGCCUGACCGUGGAUCAGCUGGCCGCCCAGGUGUUCGUCUUCUUUGUCGCCGGCUUCGAGACGAGCUCCAGCAACAUGAGCUAUGCCCUCUACGAGCUGGCCAAAAACCCCAACAUCCAAUCCCAACUGAGAGCCGAAAUCCAAAGCGUACUCCAAAAACACGGCAAACUCACCUACGAAGCUAUGAUGGAGAUGUCAUACUUGGACCAUGUUGUCAACGAGACUCUCCGCAAAUAUCCGGCGCUGGCGUCUCUCACCCGUGUUCCCUCCGAGGACUACAAAGUGCCCGGCGAUGAGGCGAAUAUAGUGCUGGAGCGUGGCGUGAGCGUGCAUAUACCGGUGCGUGCUAUACACUACGAUCCGGAGUACUAUCCGGAGCCGCACGAGUUCCGUCCGGAACGCUUCGAGGUGGCCGCGCUGCAGCAGCGCCACCCCAUGGCCUUCCUUGGCUUCGGCGAUGGUCCGCGCAAUUGCAUUGGCCUGCGCUUCGGACGCAUGCAGGUGAAGGUGGGGCUCAUAACACUGCUCAGCUCCUACCGCUUCCUGCUGCCCGCCGAUGGCUCCAGCAAGCUGAUCAUUGGCAACAAGAACUUUUUACUGAUACCCGACCAGGGUAUCAGGCUGCGUGUGGAGCCACUUGCUGUCUAGCCGCUUAGUAUUACAAGUCGCGACGAGUCUCAAUAAAGCGAUUAUCAAUAAACA